AUGGACGGUGCGGUAAGCCUGGAGUUCAUGACCGGAAAUCCACAGCUCGGAGUGCUGUCGGGAAGGUUGACCUACCUCGAAAGCAGCAGGAACGAGAGCGGCGACGGUUCCUCGUCGCGCAAGGAAGAGAAGGGCCACGCUCGCAGAAGCAGCAGCAGCAGCAGCAGCAGCCGGGAGGGCUCCAACAGCAGCACCGUCGCCAACACCACCUACUCCCCUAGUUUCAAUGCCGACGUCCUCCUUGACCACCUCCCUCAGCGUCGGGGCAAGCUGCUGUGCCUCCUGUCGGUGCCAGCGCACAUGGUGCCUACAGAUAUGCUACACUUCGCCGCGCCGUUCAAGGAGCAGGUGCAUUCCCUCCGCAUCCUCCGCCCUUGCAACCCGGUGGGACCGAGUGAUCCCGCCAAGACGCCAGCGGAGUACAUGGUCCUCCUGCAGAUGGAGAGUCAGUCCAGCGCCGACGACUUCUUCCUCCAGUGCAACGGCAAGCGCUUCAACAGCUUCGAGGAGACGACCUGCAGAGUUGUCUUCGUCGCCAAGGCAACUUUCGACCUCCCGGCCGACUCUUCCCCCCCGCACACGCCCCCCGCAGGGUCCGCGGUCGGGGCUACUGCAACGGCAGCAAAUACCGCCGCCACCACAAGCGGUAGCGGCGGCAUCUCGUCCUCAGCAGGAACGCCACCGCAGCUUCGCACGGCCCGGCACUUCUCGCCUAUCGGCGGUGGCGGGUCUGGGGCGGCGGUGGCGGCGGCGGCAGCGGCGGCCGCGGCCGGAGUGGGGGGAGGGUCAUCUCCGGAGAAGGCUGCUGCUGCUGCCGCGGUUGCGCAGGCGGCCGGGUGGGAGUACGACGCGUCGACGUGCGUGAUCUGCAUGGAGCGCAUGGAGUCGAGGGUGCUCACGACGGUGUGCAACCACAGCUUCCACGUCGAGUGCCUCAUGAAGUGGCAGGACAGCCCGUGCCCGGUUUGCCGCUUUCACCACAACAACGCUAGCGAGGCGUCCACGUGUCAGGAGUGCCAAGCAGCAGACAACCUUUGGGUUUGCUUGAUUUGCGGAAGCGUUCUGUGUGGAUCUCGACAUGAAGAUCACAUUCGCGGGCACUACAACAGCACGCUGCACGCGUACGCCAUCGAAAUAGAGACCCAACAAGUGUGGGACUUCGCGGGAGACGGAUUUGUCCACCGCCUGAUCCACAACAAGGCGGACGGGAAGCUCGUGGAGAUUUCGGACCCAGAGCAGACGUCGGAGGAGCGACCACAGAUGCCCGCUCGUCUGUCGGAUGUCCAAGAGGAGCGCCUGGUCCAUGGCAAGCUUGAAGGGCUGGCCUACCAGUACAAUACGCUGCUGACGAGCCAGCUGGACGAGCAGCGGCACUUCUACCAGAAGCAGCUGAACGGGCUGCUGGAGCAGCAGGAGAAGAGCCGGAGGGAGAGGAGAGAGAGGAUGGUGUCCGGGGCCGACCUCGUGUCCGCCCUCCGGCAGCAGCGGCGGGAGCUGGAGAGCAAGUGCGCGAGCGCCUCGGCCAGGUUGCGAAAGAUCCGAGAGGAGACGGCGUUUCUAUGGGAGCUGAACCAAUCCCUCGAAGCGAACAAGCCGCAGGUACUGGCAAACCUGGAGCAGGCGCGGCGGGACCUAGACUCCGCCCGCAAGGCCCGCGAGGAGUGGGUGCCCCAGCUGGAGGAGAAGGUCGCGGCCCUCAUGCUCAAGCUGGAUCUUUGA